UUUCUUCUUUUUUUCACGCGUGAAAUACUAGCAAAGUGUACUUUUCGAACAAAAAAUAGUUGGUCACCGUAAUAUUUCCUAAAGUGACUUGAUGAUUUUUUAUCGUCAAGCUGGGUUAUCAUGUUAUUGAAUGUCAUCUUUAUAUUGUUAGUUGUUAUUCACUUGUUCAUUAAAAUGGCCGCAAAUAUUUCAAAAAAUAUGAGAGCUGUUGGUCUGUUUAAGUACUUGCCAAUUUCUGAUAUAAAUAGCCUUAUCGAUUUGGAGGUAAGUGUACCAGUUCCAAAAGAAAGUGAAGUUUUGAUAGAAGUUAAAGCAAUUGCUAUUAACCCAAUUGAUACAAAGCAGCGAGCUCCAAAACCUCUAAUCGAGAAAGAACCACGAAUAUUGGGCUUUGAUGGGGCAGGCAUUAUAACUGCAGUGGGUGAAGCAGUAAAAAAGUUUAAAGUGAAUGAUCAAGUAUUCUUUACUGCUGAUAUAAGAAGACAUGGCACAAAUGCUCAAUAUGUUGCUUUGGAUGAAAUACAUGUUGCACAGAAACCAAAAAAUCUUUCUUUUGAAGAAGCAGCUGCCAUGCCACUAACAGCAGUGUCUGCUUAUGAAUCAUUAAUUGACAGACUAUGUAUAACAGAGAAAGACAAGGGCAAGUCAAUUUUAAUUAUAAAUAGUGGAGGUGGGGUAGGUUCUGUUGCUUGUCAGCUAGCUAAUCUGUUUGGCCUUAAAGUUAUAGGUACAGCAUCAAGGCCAGAAAGUAUGAAGUUCUCAAAAGAGAGUGGUGCACAUAUUGUACUGAAUCACUCAGAAAAUUUAGUUGAGCAACUAAAAAAAAAUAAACUAUCAGAAGUUGAUUUUAUAUUGGUUAAUUAUGAUCCUUACAACUACUGGGACACUCUGAUGAUGCUUAUUAAACCCCAGGGAAAAAUUUGUCUAAUUGUUGACAGCAGUGGCCUGGUGGAUUUAAAGCCCUUAAAAGCUAAAAGCAUUACUCUUGUCUCAGAAAUGAUGUAUACUAGAAUUGUAUAUAAUACAGAAGAUAGGUAUAGACAUACAGAAAUAUUAGAGGAGGUUUCUAAAAUGUUAGAAAAUGGAAAACUAAAGACAACUGUGACAAAGGUUCUUGCUCCUUUUAAUGCAGUUAACUUACGGGAGGCCCACAGGCUGAUUGAAGAAAAGAAAACUAUAGGAAAAAUCGUCAUAUCUGGUUUUGAAUAAAACAGUCAAAAAUCA